AUGGUUGAGAGCUAUGUUGAAAGCCGUUAUGUCAAUGAAGACGACGUUACAGUCGAAAGUGAUGCCAGCAUUGAUGAUGAUUACGUUCAAAAAUCUGAUCACGAUUCAAAGUUAGAGCAAAAUGCUUUAUCGUCAGAAGAAUCUGAGGCAGAAGAAGCUGAAAUUCAGCAGCGCUUCUUUUCAGCUAAGGAUAAAACAACUAAGUGUUUCAAAGUAAAGGGACGACCUGCAGUAAGAACCUGUUCUCAAAAUAUAGUAUCUGAAGCUCCAGGUCCAAAAGUCUUGGAUACCUGCCUCUACCCCGACAAUGGCAUCGCCGUCAUCGUUAGUUCCUGA